CAAAUUUAUUGAAUCAAGAGAUCUUAAAUCAUAUAUUAUCAUGAUAUUAAAUUAAGAGUUCUAUAUUAUUAUUUUAACUUAAUUAAGUCUGUUUUCUUCUUGUUGUUUGAUCACACAUUUGAAAAAAAAUAGUACUCGUGCGUAAUCAAAAAUCAGCUGAUUGGUGUUAACCCAACCUAACAUCCGCGUGUGCGCGUGGGAUGAAACAGAGGUUAGGUUCAAGUCUGCCGGCGACACGUUCAGUUCAUUUCUUUGAGUAUCCUCGACAAAAAAAUAUUGUCAACAACGAGAUUUCGAGGAAAAAGAAUAAACACGGGACGCAGAAUAACCGUGUUUCGUCCAACUAUGUUUCAACAUGUAUUUAGAUCAAGUUUUCGCGGUAUAUCGUUACUAUCUCGGCUAUGGAACGGACCUAAUGGUGUGCUUGCAGGUAAACAGGCUGAGCAAAAAAUGAUAUCCAUCCUAAGGAACAGAUUUCCUCAAGCUCAGUUGAUCGAAGUUACUGAUGUUUCAGGAGGAUGCGGUGCUAUGUUUGAUAUAAAUGUAAUUGCUCCAGAAUUCAAAGGACUCAAUACCGUAAAACAACAUCGAAUUAUUAAUGAAGUACUCAAAGAAGAAAUUAAAGAUAUGCACGGUCUUCGAAUACAUACAAGUAUCCCGCAAUCAUAAAGUUUUCUACACAUAAUUUUAGUUUCACAAGAACAAUAUUUAAUAUUAAUUUUUAGUACAAAACUUAAAAAAUCCAUGUUAUACAUAUUUCUAUAUAGGA